CCAAUAGCUGUUCAGACUGAAGGGAGUGGAUUAGGUGGGAGAUGUCCGAAUGGUUGAGCCGUGUUGAUACUUAAAGUCUCGUGACACGACACCAUGUGGCCACUCGAACCUCGAACUGAAUCCUACUACAAGUUCAUCAUCAGCAACCAUGGCCUGGAAGCUACUCCCACGCCUCCAGAUACCAUAUACCUUCCCUCAAUGUCAAAGCUAUAUAAGACCCCCAUCUUCCUUUUCAAUCCGGCAUCCUGUGUAUACUACCUUUCGUCCUAAAACUCAUAUUUCAAGCAAGCAACCAAAGACUAUCAGUACUGCGAGGGCAAUCAAAGAAGAGAUACUUCAUGGCUAUAUAGCAGAGCGCUACUAUCCAGUCUAUGUCGGUCAGAUCUUCAAUUCGCGGUAUCAGAUUAUAACCAAACUUGGAUUUGGAGCUACCUCGACGAUUUGGUUAUGUCUUGAUUUACAAGAAAACCGCUACCUAACCCUAAAGCUCCACGUCCGAGCAAAUCAGCCAAUCCGCGAAUUGCAAAUCACACAGCACCUACAAAGAAUCCAGCAAAGACACGGCGGUGAGAAGUAUACACGCGUUGCGCUGGACUCGUUUCAACUGGAGGGACCGCAUGGAGUACACCAUUGUCUUGUCUAUGAACCUGCGGGGAUGGAUAUGAAUCAGUUGCUGGAUGUCUUUGAAGGAGCCCUACCGAUGGCCGUUCACAAGACUGCUAUCUGGAGUGUUCUUGUUGCGUUGGAUUAUCUGCAUAACGCUGGUGUUGUUCAUACAGACGUCCAGUCAAACAACAUCCUCCUAGGCCUCGACAACGACAACGAAUCCAUCCUCGACGACCUAGCAACUACCGAAACCACCGACCCAACAUCCCGAAAAUACCUCAACAACCGCACAAUCUACACCUCCCGCACCACGCCCAUUACAACCGGCGAGCCCGUCCUCUGUGAUCUCGGCGAAGCACGACUUCUCCAAAGCAACCAGAAACAGAACGGCCUCAUCAUGCCAGCUGCUUACAGGGCACCGGAGGUAUUGUUAGAUAUGGACUGGGAUGAAAAAGUUGAUAUAUGGGCGGUGGGGCAGACGGCGUGGAGUUUGUUCGAGAAAGGACAUCUAUUCCUAAAUAGACCUCUCGAAACGGAUCUCGAUCACGCUCAUCGCUUCGCAGAGAUGAUAUCCCUUCUAGGGCCUCCGCCACUCGAGUUCCUUCGUCGGAGUGAGGAGAGUCUCAAGUAUUGGGAUGAGAACGGAAACUGGCGAGGCGCUGUCCCGGUACCCGAAGGAUCACUUGAAGAUCGGGAGUGCCAGCUCGAUGGUCAUGAGAAGGUUGCUUUUCUGAGCUUUAUACGGAGGGCUUUGUGUUGGGUGCCUGAGGUAAGGGCUAGUGCUUGGGAGCUUCUGUGUGAUGAGUGGGUGAGGUGGCGAUAGGGUAAGAAUAGUAUAUGGAUAAAGACUUGUACAGUAUAGAUCCUGUAUAUAAUAGGGGCUACUUUUGUGUAUAACUAUCUUUGACUUGUGGUCAACGGAUCAUGUUACAGAGAAAAGAUGAU